AGUAGUCGGGGAGGUGUGUCUCAGAAGGAAACGGAGGAAACGCCAAAAAAAACUUCUGAAACAACUAUUCCAAGAUUAUUCCAAAAACACAACCCUUCACGGACUGAGAUACACUACUGAAAAGGGCCUUCAUAUUAUUGAAAAGAUAUUCUGGCUCGUCACGUUCAUUGUGAGUGUUGCGCUGUCCUUCUACCUGAUAUCAAAGGUCUGGAAUAAGUGGAAUACGUCUCCCGUUAUUGUCAGCUUUUCCGAAAAACAUCUCUUCGUUAAAGAGGUGCCAUUCCCAGCGAUAACAAUUUGUCCCGCAGUAAAAUUUAAGAAUUUCAAUUACACGGAGAUACUCGCAGAUCUGGAAAAUCAACAAGUCAUUGACAACGACACCUUGGCAACAGCUAGCGCCGUGAACUUAUUUUGUGACUGGCCAGCAGAGGAACUUAUUAACGAACUGCCUGGUGACUGGAUGGAUAGAUUGUUAAAUGUGUCGAUGGAAGUAGACGAUAUUUUCUACGUCUGCAAACUCGGAAAAAAUGAUUGCACGGAUCUAGUAAAAAGAGUGUUGACGGAGGAUGGAAUUUGUUUUAACAUAAACGGUUUGGCAGCUAGUGAUAUUUUGAAUUACAAUACUAUACAAAGAGAAUACAAAUACUCAUAUAAUGAACAUGAGGCGAGGAAUUGGACAUUCACUGAAGGCUACACCAAUGAUGACGUAAACGCAUACCCAUAUCGUGGCCAGGAAAGUGGUGAAACUCCCUACCUAAGCCUGAAUCUGGCUGAUUUAGAACCCAUUAAAGAUAAAAACUGCAAUGUAGUAUAUACUGGUUAUAAGAUUUAUUUGCACCACCCAGCCGAUUGGCCUCAGGCGCAGUCCUACUAUUUUGCAGCUCUACCAGAGCAAGUAUCAUCCAUGGCUGUUGAGUUCUCUGCAGUAUCCACCAGCAAAGAUUUGCAAGCAGUAGCACUAAAAGUGCGACAAUGCUACUUUCCAGAAGAGAGGCCGCUGAAAUAUUUUAAAAUAUAUUCCUACAAUCAUUGCAGGCAAGAAUGUUUGACAAACUUCACCUACGCACGGUGUGGUUGCGUCAUGACUUAUAUGCCAUUUCAUACUCAUGACAAAAUCUGUUCAUCAGAAAGUCAAAUAUACUGUUUUAUAAGAGCUAACGAUGUUUUUUCAACGGAAGGCAGUGAACAACUGCAAGACUGCAGAUGUCUACCGGCAUGCAACUAUAUACAAUAUGAUGCUGACAUACAUAAGACCGAGUUUAACUAUGCUGAAUUUCACAUAAUAAAGCUGAAGAAAUAUUAUAAAAAAGCGUUAGGCCAUGAUGUGGAUUUGAAACGGGUCUUCAAAACCAUAACACAUGAUUUGAAGACUGAGAAAUUGGAGGACCCACCAAACAUUUUCCACGUCGAGAAGUUGCAUGAUGACAUCACGGAUCUUCCACUGCACCUUAAAUAG